CUGGCGGGUCCCGGAGCCCGAACGGGGGCCCUACGGCGCCGGCCGGCGGGGCGGGCUCGGCCCUCAGCGCCCGCACGGCAGAGCCGGGCAGCGCCGCAGGUGAAACAUGGGACAGUUUCUACGGAACUGUAGGUGACUUCUUGACAUCCUGGUUACCAUGACGCUCAGCAGAGGACUGUGGGAAUAAAGUGGGAAUCCCUCCCCGCCCUUAAAAAACCACCUAAUGGCCUCAACUGGGGCUCACCUGGUAUGCUAACGUCAUGGGGAGCUGCUACAGCUACCUGUGCAGAGACAGUGUCCCAGACAACCACCCCACCAAGUUUAAGGUAACAAAUGUGGAUGAUGAGGGUAACGCGCUGGGAUCUGGGAUUAUGGAGCUAACGCAGACGGAGCUCAUCUUGCACACACACAAGCGCGAUGCUGUCAGGUGGCCAUACCUUUGCCUGCGCCGCUAUGGCUAUGACUCCAACCUCUUCUCCUUCGAGAGCGGACGCCGCUGCCAGACCGGACAAGGGAUAUUUGCCUUCAAGUGUUCAAGGGCGGAGGAGAUCUUUAACCUGCUGCAGGACCUAAUGCAGUGUAAUAGUAUCAAUGUGGUGGAGGAGCCAGUCGUCAUGACUAGGGGCAGUCACUCCACUGAGCUGGAGCUAUCCCGGACACCCCAGACACCCAACACUCUGGGAUACACUGUUCCAGGGUUCCCCAACGGAUUCCACAGCUUCCCUGGGGAAGCCCCAUCCUACUCCGCAGCCCGACACCCUUCCAUGAACAGCUUGAGACACUCCUCCAUUGGGGAGGACUCCACACAUGCCCUCAUUGGGCCGGAUGAGCAGUCCCACACCUAUGUGAACACAACCAGUGGCGAGGAGGAGAUGAGGGGCCGGCACUGCAUGCACUCACUGCCUGAAGUCCACCCUCCUUUUCUGCACGGGAACCACAGCUGCUCUCUGGAGGACCGAAACCCCCAGGUCUUCCUUCAGCCAGGGGAGGUGAAGUUUGUGCUGGGCCCUGCUCCAGUUCACAGGCACAUGGUGAAACGUGACAGCUCCUGCCGUUACCAUCGGGAGUGCGGGGGACACAUCUGCGCCCCUAACAACAACAACGAGUGCAAGGAUGAGUGCCUCGUGCCCAGGUGCGUAUACGAGAAUGUGAAUGGCCUGCUGCCUGCUGGGGGCGCGUCUCUCCGGCGUGGUGGGCGCUUGAAACUCACCCGGGAGGACCUGGGCUUAAACAGCUGCUCUCACCGCAGGACGCCCCUGCUGCACUACGAGAACCUGCCUUCCUUGCCUCCUGUGUGGGAGUGCCAGCCGCUGCGGCAGGACGAGGACUCUGGGGACGCGCUGACUCCUCCGAAUGGCUACCCUGAGCCGGACGAAGGUGAUCCCCUGCAAAACUACAUGAACUCAGAGAACACCGCACUGCACAGCGACCUGCAUCGGGAUGACUUCUUGCAGCACCGCCACAACUGCACACCUAGUGUCUUCAGCUUCGACUUCCGCCGGCCCUGCCCAGAGCAGCAGCGGCAGCUCAACUACAUCCAGGUGGAGCUGGAGGCUGACCCCCACAAGAGGCGCCAGAGCCUCCAGGUGCCCUGCACCCCGCUUCCUGCCGCCCACCCAGCCAGCAGGAUGGACUCCUAUGCGGUCAUUGACCUUAAAAAGACAGCAGCGAUGUCCAACUUGCAGAGAGCACUGCCCAGAGACGAUGGGACUUCAAGGAAAACUCGGCAUAACAGCACCGACUUGCCUCUGUAAGGGAAACACUGCGUGCAAGCGCUGCAUUGUGGCUUUCGUACCUGCCUUUCAGUGUAUCGUGUAGCGUGACUUUCGUUCUCUAUUGCCUCGAUGCCCUGUUAACCCUAUUGCUCAAUACAGCAUCCUGGGAUAGCUCCAGCAUGCGGACUUUACAAAUGUCUGCCUGCCUCUCUCCAUUCCUCCCAUGUCAUUUGUUUCUAAAACCUUGCAGAGUAGCAGAAAACGUUUUGUUUGUUUAUUUAUUUAUUUAUUUAUUUAUUUAUUUAUGUUCUUUUGUUCGGUGCCAGCAUUCAAAACGGCACCAAACAGAGAAUAAAUGUAAACAGGUCAUUCAUGGACCAGGGUCAAUCCCCCUGCUUUCAUGGCAUCCAUGUCGGCAGCCUGUGGAGGGAAGACAGCAGAGGGGUGGAGAGAGUAUUGGGAGCGUUUUAAAAAAAAACAACAACAUAGGAGCAGGGGGAAAAACUGGGAAUGCAAGUGGAGUUAGAGGUUUGGGAUCAGGGAGCUCUUGGUGUGUACGUAUCUGUCUGCCUUUUUUGUAGAUAUUCAAAAAUGUUUUCCAGCUGUCGGUUUAUUUAUUUGUUUUAUUUUUCUAUCUAUUUAUUUUAUUUUGUAAACGUUCUUUUGCACCAAAGUUAAAAGUGCCAAGCCAGUGGCAACAUGGAAUGGAUCCGCUUGGUGUUCACCUCCUUUUUUGGGGCGGGGGCUGAUGGGGGGGGG